AUGACACAUCUCACCACCUUAUCAAUCAUCAUCGCCAGUGGCGGCCGAUAUGAACUCCACAAAGACAUGAUAGGCUCGAUAUUAGCAGCCUUGCCAGAGUCCUGCAUCAACCUAGAACUUGAUCUGGAUCCUGUCAAUAUUGAAUCCAAAGGUCCCGGAUCGGCUCAUAUAUGCGAGAUGAUUUCUCCGCACCUGUCCCGGCUGCACCACCUCCGUCUGGAAAUUGGAACGAUCUGUCCGGCCCUUUUCGGGGAUCACUUUGCCAUAGACGGAUCACUCCAGCGUGAGAAUCCUCCUCCUCUUUCUCAUUACUAUUACCCCGCUCUUCAGACCUUCAUCAUCAACUGCAAUUUCUGGGGCAGUGCCCUGACCUGCAAUAUCAAUGGCGCCACCGCGGCGAGUGAAGCCUUACCACCGGCGCGGGUAGCAUUGGUGCAAUGCCUAAGACACCUGUUUCUACGCGGCAGCUUCCCGCGGAUCCGACGUCUCUGGCUUCUCGACGGUCAACUCAACGAUAACAACGACGAGUCAGUCUACGCCGCCUGGAACCGCAGGGAUAUUGUCAAUAACAAGACCUGGGCAAUACCCUGGAUCGAUGUAAAGGGACCAACGCCUAUGAGCUUCUAUUCCGUUAUUCGAACCCCCGAGGGCCGCGAAUUGGUCACUCCCUCACAAUAUAGAUCGGUCUUUGCCGAGGAUCAAACGUGGAAAGAGACUACGUUGGGAUCCCGGUUUCCGGCUGCGGUUUUGGCGGAUCGGGGAGAUUUUAUCGUUCGGGAUCCACCGGCCCUCAGUGUUUCCGAGUACCGGUCCAUGUAUAAGGGAAGUUGUUUGGCGUGGAGACAUGAGCAGAUAACGGGCAGGAAACUCCUGUGGGCCACGGAGAGAGAGGGUCUGGUCGACCGGUCACCGUUGCAUGAGAUUACGCCUCCGGGAUGGAGAAGAGGGAUAUGUGGCUUCUAUCCUGAUAAUGGAUCUACUGACACCCAGGAGACAGACAUUAAUCUAAAUACCAUCGAACAUGCUCGAGGUCCGAAUUUCUUCUGGGAAAGCGAGCCGAGUCUGUAUCCCCUCUACAUUGCCGUGAGCGAGUACCUCAAGAUCAAACCGCGCAUUCAGGUGCUCAACGAACGAUGUGGCGUUUUUCUUGUUCUGGCCGAGAUCCUGUCCGACUCGAUAGCGGACAACCAAACCUCGUGUAAGUUCAUGCGAUUCGGUUGA